AUGGCCAAGAAUGAUGCAGAGAAAUCUAAGAGGGAAAGUGAGCCCACUUCAAUCCAAAGUAGUGUGGAAAAAGGAGAAAGAGUUGGAAUUUCAAAUACGUCAAAAGCUGAUCCUGAAGAAAAUGUUGUAGUAAUUCCUCCGCAAAAUGCAUCAGAGAAGCAAAUUAGUAAGCCACCUCCACCAUUUCCCCAAAGAUUUCAAAAGAAGCAGCAAGAUAGCCAAUUUCGAAGAUAUUGGGAUGUUUUGAAGCAACUCCACAUCAAUUUACUUCUGGUGGAAGCUUUGGAACAAAUGCCUAAUUAUGUGAAGUUCUUGAAAAAUAUUUUGACAAAGAAGAGGAGGCUUGGAGAAUUUGAAACGGUUGCUUUGAUUGAAGGCUGUAGUGCUAUUUUGAAGAAUAAAAUCCCUCCAAAGUUGAAGGAUCCUGGCAGUUUUAUAAUUCUAAUUUCUAUUGGGGGAAAAGAAGUUAGUAAAGCUCUGUGUGAUUUGGGGGCUAGCAUUAAUUUGAUGCCCAUGUCCAUUUUUAAGAAGGUUGGAAUUGGAGAAGCAAGGACAACUACAAUCACUUUGCAAUUAACUGAAUGCUCUAUGGUGCAUCCAGAUGGAAAGAUUGAAGAUGUCCUAGUACAAGUUGACAAGUUCAUUUUUCGGCGGAUUUUAUUAUUCUUGACUAUGAGGAAGAUAGGGAUGUACCGAUCAUUUUGGGGAUACCAUUUCUUGCCACUAGAAGGACUUUGA